UAAAUUUUAAUCAAUUCUAACUUAUCAAUUUAAUAAAUAUAAUGUUUGUUUUUUAUUCAUUUCCAAUACAAAAAGUUAUCUUAUUAAAUUAAGUUAGUAGUAAAAAUCAAAUCUUUGUAAAAAUUAAAUACAAUAAAGAUAUAGAAUUUCAAGAUAUUAUCAUCAAAAUUAUGCAGAAAGAGAGUAAAGAACAAGAAAGAUACGAUAACGUUUAAUAUAGUUAGCUUUUUAGCUUAGAUCAUGGCGGAAUUUACCACUAUUUUAAGAAGAGAGUCCUCAAAUUGACUAUUAGGAAUAUCUUUUUAGGAUAUGUGAUUUUAAUGCUUAUCAUUUUAAUUUCUACUAGCAUUCGUACUCAAGAAAUCCUACAAAAUAUUGAGGAAGGACAAACAAACAAUUUGGCAUAUAUUAAUAGUUAAAUAUAAGAUAAUUUAUCUCAGCAAUUCAAUAGUAUCUAUUUAAGACUGAACUACACAGGGGUUAUUUAUUAAAAUUAAAUUACUUAAUUGAAAACUUUUGUGCUUGAUCAAAGUUGUAAUCUGCAAAAAUCUGGUUCAACAAUUGAUAAUGCAAGCAAUUGUGUUAUACCCUUUACGUUGUCUAAUAUAGAAUCUGCUUUAACAAAUCCUAAUAGCAAUAAGCUAUUAUUUUAUAAAUAUAAUAUAAAUUCAUACAGCUAGCUAAGUGCCUAAUAAUAAGCGAGCAUAAAUAAUAUUAUACAGUUUAUUGAUUUAUAAAGAGCUGUUUUCAAGAGUAUAAUCGAUAAUGAUUCCCCAAACAAAGAAGGCUUGGUUUACUUUUUUUAUUUGCCUUAGGAUUAAAUGUUUAUUUUUGAUUCUGUAGGAAUGAAUUCUGCCAGCAUUUAAUUUGCAACUCUUUUAUCAAAUUACUAGAAUUGUAUCCGUUAUGAAUAGUGUUUAGUUGAUGUAGAUGAAGAAGAGUGUUAAACUUAUAAGCAAGACUGUGAAUAUUAUGCCAAAUGCAAUUAAGAUAAUUAAGGUGGGACAUCAAGCAAUGGCUAUAAUUUGAACUGUAUUUAAGAAGACUAAAUUAAUAACUAUCCUUAUUAGAUUUUUAAUACUAAGUUACAGAUAUCAAGCAAUUACUAUCAUGUAUGCUUAUCAAUUAUUGUUAACAAACUUAGUUUUUGUAGUAGAAUAAAUUUAUUUGGCCUACUGAAUUAGUUAUUUGUCUUUGAUUAAAAUAGAUAUUCAUUUAUUUUGACUGAUUAAAAUUUUAAUAUCAUUUACAAUAAUUUUGAUAAAGUAAAUUUUUUUAAGAGAGAAACCUUUUAAGAUAAGAUAAUGCAACUUGGAUAACUAAAUGCAGAAAGUAAUUACUCUCCUUCUACAAUUGCAAGCUAAAUUAAUUAGUUAUUUAAUGGAUAAUCCUAAAUUAACAGUAACGUUACCACUAAUCAAAUAAUAAUCAAUAUUGAUUCUAGUUAGUCCUAUGAUUCAAUUAAAAUUUUAAUGUCAAUGGAUGUUCUGAAUUUGUAGCUUACUUAUGCUGAAUCUAUUCAAACUGAUCCAACAACUUAGAAUUAUGGAGUAUUUAUGAUGACCUCAAGUGAUAAAUUCUAAGAAUAGAAAGACUUUUUUGAUAUUUUUUCCUAUUAUUACUUUAUUUUUACCUCAAUAGAAGUAGUUUUUAUAAUGAUAUUCUUCUUCAUUUUAUCAUUCGUUUUAAAGAGACUCUUGAUAACGAUUGCAUAAUCUAUUAUCUUUUUCUGUAACUUUGUCAAAAAAAUAGAUUAAAAUUUUGACAAAAAUUCAGAUGAAAUUCAAGAUUUCACUAUUUUUUCUAAAUAAAAUAUGCUUCCUUAAGAAAUUAUUGUAUUAACAGAAAAUUUAGAUCAUUUUGUUUGGGUUGUUGAUUUCUUUUCUAAGGCAAAAGAAGCAAAGCACGAAAAUAUCAUGCUUAAAAAAGGUAUAUUCAUAUUUAAGAAAAUAAAUUCAUAUGAAGGUCUUGAGAUUGUAUAUGAUAAACUCAUAUCAAAUUACAAAAAGAAUGCAAAUGAUGUAAAAAGUAUAGAAGAAGCAAUGAAUCAUUGUAGAGAAAUUCUUUAAAUUUAAUUAGAUUAUAGAAACGAAAUCUUAGAUAAAAAGGAUAGAUAGUCUAUUGCUGAUGAUGAUAUGCAAAAGAUUAGCAAUAAGAUAUGCUAAUAUAUCAACAAUAUACUUAAUUUAAUAGCAAAACUACUUUCUUUCAUUAAGCAACAAUAAGACAGCAAGCAGGAAUUUGACGAGAAAAAACUUGAAGAAUACAAUAAUGUCUAUUAAGAAAUUAUUAAAAUAUCUAAAGAAUUAAACUUCAAAGACUUUUUAAAAGUGAAGCUUUUGUUAAAAAAUGCUAGGAUAUUGUAUAAAAGAGCUGUAAUAAAUAAUACAGCUCUGUUUAAAAACUCUGCUAAAAAACUUGAUCAUGCUUGGAGAUUAUUAGAUGAAAUAAAAUAAAAUGAUAAAGACGACAAUUUUCAAAUCAAGAAUAUAACUGUACUAAGAUAAAAAGUUUUAUUCCACAAAGGAGUGGCCUCUCAGCAUUAUGGAAAUGAUUCAGAAGCUUUAAAGUUUUUGGUUUCUAGUUUAGACUAUGGAAAUUACUACUCUAACAGACUCAGAGUAAAAACACUAAAUUUUAUGGCCAAUAUUCUAAGAAACCCAGCUUAUAGAAAGAAAAAAGAAAUUCUUAAAGAUUUAUCUGCUUUUAUCCGUAAAGAUAAAAGAAAUUUUUACAUCUUAGUUGAUUGCUCUCGCUAGAUUUAAGAUAAUAAAAAUAAAGUUGCCACAAUAAUUUACAAAAUAUAUAAUGAGUAUAUGGGAGAUAAAGAUAAAAUCACUAUAAUAAAAUAUGGAGAUAAAGUAGACAAUAUUUUAGAUUUAUAUGAAAAGGAGGUGCAUAAAAAGAAAUAUGAAUUUACAAUUGAAUCAAUUGAAAAAGAUUUAUUUUAGACUACUUCAAGUUCCAGAUGUCUAUAUAAGGCAUUCUAGUAGUGCAUAGAGUAGGCAAAAUAAAAAGAAGAGAAGGCUAUUUCCAAAUACAUUAUUAUUUUUGCUUUCGGUGAAAAUACUACAAGGAAGGAGGUUAAUUAUGAAAAAAAUGAACACAAGCUAGCUGUAAAUAUGUCCAAUAGCAUGAAUAGCAACUUAGAUGAUGAUAAUUAUUCAUCAGGUAAUAACGAAGAAAAUAGUAAUAUAAGCAUGUCAAUAAUUAGUAUGAAAGAUAAAAUGAAUAGGCCUGAAGGCGAUGAAGAUUUUGAUAGUAUCUAAAAAGAAUUAACAGAUGGAUUUUUCCAUUUACUACUUAUUAAGUAAAAUAUAAAAAACCACGGAAGUCAAAAGAGUAAAAUUAUUCAACUCUGUGAAAAAAGCAGGAGACAUUAUAUAAUUGAUUUAGAAACUAAACCUUUUAUUACUGAUAUUAUUAAAGAUGUAGCAGGAUUUCUUUAAUGAGAAACAGAAAAAUUUUUAAAAGAUCUUUCAAAAAUAUCAAAAACUAAAUCAUUUAUAAAUAAGUGAAAAAAUAUUUUAAUUUAUCUAAUUUUAUUUCAAAGUUUUAGACUAAAAUGGAGCUCUAUAUUUUCAUAAUGUAAAGAAAUAUAAUGCUAAUAAUUAUGAAUCAUGUUAUUUUAAUGAGUUUUUAUGAUUUAUACAAAAAUAAGUAAGCAGUUCCAAACAUACCAUAUAAUUUUAAUUAAAAUUUUUUUGAUUUAUUAAUUUAAUAUGUUCUUAU